AUGGCCGAAGUAGCCUCCAACGGACCGACUCCCGUUCCAGCAGCCUCUGAGCCCGUUCCCCUCGACACCAUCCCCGUCUCUCCCAACGGCGCCAUGACAGACGUCACCAACGGAAGCGACAAGCCCUCCACCGACAGCGAGAAGGUGGUCACCGUCUUCGACGACCCGGCCAAUUUCAACGUCAAGCACCAGCUGCAGCACACCUGGACACUGUGGUUCACCAAGCCGCCCAGCGGGAAGCAGGACUGGAAUGAGCUGCUGAAAGAGGUCAUCAGCUUUGACAGUGUGGAGGAAUUCUGGGGUAUCUACAACAACAUCACCCCCGCCUCCGAACUCGCGCAAAAGUCCGACUACCACCUCUUCAAGCAAGGCGUGCGCCCGGAGUGGGAAGACCCGCAGAACAAGCACGGCGGCCGCUGGCACUACACCUUCAAAGGCAGCAAGGCGAACGACGAGACCUGGCUGAACAUCAUGCUGGCCGCCAUCGGCGAGAUGCUGGAAGACGAGAACGACAACGAAGUCAUGGGCGUCGUCGUCAACAUCCGCAAAGCCUUCUGGCGCGUGGGCCUGUGGACGCGCACCGCCGGCCAGCCGCUCAAGGGGAAGAAUGCCGAUGCCGCGGCGGACAAGGAGGAGCCGCGCAAGAGGCUGGAGAAGAUUGGGAAGAAUUUCAAGGACGUGCUGAAUAUGCCGGCCGGGGAGACGGUGGAGUUCAGCGGGCACGCUGAUUCCGCGCACACGGGCAGCAGCAGGGCGAAGGCCAAGUUCACCGUCUGA